CAGAGCCUGACGGACCGGAUCACCGCCGCCCAGCACAGUGUCACCGGGUCCGCCGUGUCCAAGACAGUAUGCAAGGCCACGACCCACGAGAUCAUGGGGCCCAAGAAGAAGCACCUGGACUAAGCCUGACUGACUUUUCUCCUUCAUGGAAGUUAGACUGUUUGAAGCAAGAGUGAGCAUGUCCUGAAAGAGAAUUCACUGACGGGAGUCCUGUUUUGAUUUCUCGCUUGGACUUUGGCCCUAAGACUUAAUUCAGUGCACAAAUGAGAUGAAUGUGAACAUCCCGCAGUUAGCAGACAGUUUAUUUGAAAGAACUACUAACAGUAGUUGGGUGGUGGUCUUCAAAUCUCUCAUUACAACUCAUCAUUUGAUGGUGUAUGGAAAUGAGCGUUUCAUUCAGUAUUUGGCUUCAAGAAACACGUUGUUUAACUUAAGCAAUUUUUUGGAUAAAAGUGGAUUGCAAGGAUAUGACAUGUCUACAUUUAUUAGGAGGUAUAGUAGGUAUCUAAAUGAAAAAGCAGUUUCGUACAGACAAGUUGCAUUUGAUUUCACAAAAGUGAAACGAGGGGCUGAUGGAGUUAUGAGAACCAUGAACACAGAAAAACUCCUAAAAACUGUACCAAUUAUUCAGAAUCAAAUGGAUGCCCUUCUUGAUUUUAAUGUUAAUAGCAACGAACUUACAAAUGGGGUAAUAAAUGCUGCCUUCAUGCUCCUGUUCAAAGAUGCCAUUAGACUGUUUGCAGCAUACAAUGAAGGAAUUAUUAACCUGUUGGAAAAAUAUUUUGAUAUGAAAAAGAACCAGUGCAAAGAAGGUCUUGACAUCUAUAAGAAGUUCCUGACUAGGAUGACUAGAAUCUCAGAGUUUCUCAAAGUUGCAGAGCAAGUUGGAAUUGACAGAGGUGAUAUACCAGAUCUUUCACAGGCCCCCAGUAGUCUUCUUGAUGCUUUGGAACAACAUUUAGCUUCCUUGGAAGGAAAGAAAAUCAAAGAUUCUACAGCUGCAAGCAGGGCAACAACACUUUCCAACGCAGUCUCUUCCCUGGCAAGCACUGGCCUGUCUCUUACCAAAGUGGAUGAAAGGGAAAAGCAGGCAGCAUUAGAGGAAGAACAGGCUCGUUUAAAAGCUUUAAAGGAGCAGCGCCUAAAAGAACUUGCAAAGAAGCCUCAUACCUCUUUAACAACUGCGGCCUCUCCUGUGUCCACCUCAGCAGGGAGUGUCAUGACUGCACCAGCCAUUGACAUAUUUUCCACCCCUAGUUCUUCUAACAGCACAUCAAAGCUACCAAACGAUCUGCUUGAUUUGCAGCAGCCAAGCUUUCACCCGUCUGUACUUCCAAUGUCAGCUCCUUCUCAGGUAGCAAGUACGUGGGGAGAUCCUUUCUCUGCUACUGUAGAUGCUGUUGAUGAUGCCAUUCCAAGCUUAAAUCCUUUCCUCACAAAAAGUAGUGGUGAUGUUCACCUUCCUAUUUCUUCAGAUGUAUCCACUUUUACUACUAGGACACCUACUCAUGAAAUGUUUGUUGGGUUCACUCCUUCUCCAGUUGCACAGCCACAUCCUUCAGCUGGCCUUAAUGUUGACUUUGAAUCUGUGUUUGGAAAUAAAUCUACCAAUGUUACUGUAGAUUCUGGAGGCUUUGAUGAACUAGGUGGACUUCUCAAACCAACAGUGGCCUCUCAGAACCAGAGUCUUCCCAUUGCCAAACUCCCACCUAACAAGUUAGUAUCUGAUGACUUGGAUUCAUCCUUAGCCAACCUUGUGGGCAAUCUUGGCAUUGGAAAUGGAACCACUAAGAAUGAUGUAAAUUGGAGUCAGCCAGGUGAAAAGAAGCUAACUGGAGGAUCUAACUGGCAACCAAAGGUUGCACCAACAACUGCGUGGAAUGCUGCAACAAUGAAUGGCAUGCAUUUUCCACAAUACGCCCCCCCUGUAAUGGCCUAUCCUGCUACUACACCAACAGGCAUGAUAGGAUAUGGAAUCCCUCCUCAAAUGGGAAGUGUACCUGUAAUGACACAGCCAAGCUUAAUAUACAGCCAGCCUGUCAUGAGACCACCAAACCCCUUUGGCCCUGUAUCAGGAGCACAGAUACAGUUUAUGUAACUAGAUGGAAGAGAAUGGAAUUAUUCCAAAAAGACAAGUGCUCAAGCGGCAAAUACUUACUUCCAGCAAAAUCCAAACUGCUGUCUCUUAAACUCUCUUCUUCCAUUAGAAUGCUACAGUAACCCAGUAAAGGCCCAUGAAGGAGGAGACUGGGACUAGUCUAUAGGAGAACGUAUCAAUACAGUUUAUAAAGCCAAGAAUUGCCAUGAUUUCAGACUAAGAGCUGUCUUUUUGGUGACUAACCCUUCAGUUCUUUCAACUCCUAUUAAUACCCAUAAUCAGUAACCUACCAAGAAAAGCCCUUAUUUGGAAAGUGUGAAAUUUGUAUUUGGAAAAGCUGCCUGGAGAGAAGAGCUGUGUCCUUUACGCUAAUGCACCAGGACUCUUUUGGGGGGAUCAAAUCAUAAUUCUUCAUUAUGCAGUAUCUUUCUUUUCUCCAGUCCUCACAGAUACAGAAACAGUAACUAAAAUUAACUUUUCUUUUUAAAAAAAAAAUUAUAUAUUCAGUUUGCAGUAGACAUUCCUUAAGUAUUUGUAUUUAUUUAUGAUUAUCAAUUUACGUAACAUUAAUAUUGUAUCAAACCUCCUUAUGAAAAUGAGUAUGGAUGUACACGGUAUGUGUGAUUGUUAUCCAUAAGAAUGAAUCUGAUUCAGAAUGCUUCUCAGCUGACAUACAGAGCACUAAAUAUUUUACGGCAAGUCCAUAGGUCUGAAUCGCUUAAGAAUUCUCAGUCUCUAUGGGAUUUAGGGAAGCAUUAUAAAUGCAUUAAUCCUUAUAGUCAAUUCUGUGCCUAGGAUUUUGCAAGGGAACAGUUCACUGAACUAGGAAAAGCACUACAUUUUAAAUUCAGCAUUAGUGCAUUGGGAAGGAACUUUACUGCUUUGUGCUUGGCAUGUCAUUAUUUUCCAUUUGACAUUAGGGCCUUUCCAAAAUGAAUGUGAGGAAUUGCUUUCACUUCAAAACUUUCCUUCUUUCAGUAAAACUCAAGGAGGUGUUAUGGGGGAGGGGAGGGGACAAAAAUCCUUGAACCUUUUAUUUGGCUCAUGCCAUGUUAUGAUCAUGUACCUUUUAAAUAAGGGGAAAUACUUAUCUUUAAAAUUAAUGUCUAGCCAAGAGUUUAGUUAACGAAGAAUUAAACUGCACUGUUGAUCGGUGCUUUGUGUAAAUACAUCUUAACAUUUGGGUUGAGAGGGGCCUUAAGAAGGACAGUUUGUUGUAGGAAAGCAAUUCUGUACAUGAGUUUAAGCAUACUUGUUGCAUUGUCUCUGCAGAUUCUAUUUUUGUUUACAAUAUUAAAAUGUAUGUUAGCAAAAAUGGGUGGAUUUUCAAAUAAAAUGCAGCUUCCACAAAACUUUUGUUAUGGUAUUCUGGUCUGAGGCGCAUUUUCUUUUUUCCGUUUUUCUUUAUCAUUGAUAUUAUUAUUUUUUGCUAAUAAAAGUAUACCCCAGUGAUUAUAUUUGAUGAUUUAAUAAAAUGUAAAAUUUAUUUCUGUUUUAACUUAA